UGGAAAUCAAACACGCAGUUAAUGUGUGCAGGAGAUCUAAUCGUAACCGUAGUGUUUAUAUUCAACAACUACAACAAACAGCACGACAAAAUUGAAAAUUUUCAAAGCUUGUCAACUUUUUUGCUGUUUUCUGAAUUGUUAUCAAACAACAGCAGUUGAUGUGUCGAUUAAUCUUGUUCAAUUGUUCUUCAUAAUGUAAAAUUUUCAAAUAGAUUUUUAGCAUAUGGCAUCAAAACAAAUGGCAGCAUUACCGUUCCGUAAUCCGCCUGGCAAAGCGGUGGUCGCUAAAGCUGGCUCAGGAAAUGAAACUACACGUCUAAAAGGACUUCAAAUUAUUAAACCGAUAAUUUAUGGAAAUGUUGCAUGGUUUCUUGGUAAGAAGCGAGAAGAAGAUGGACAUACGCAUCAGUGGACUGUGUACCUGAGACCAUAUGAUAAUGAGGAUAUGUCGGUGUAUGUCAAGAGAGUCCAUUUCAAAUUGCAUGAAAGCUAUUCGGAACCAAAUAGGGUUUGUCAUUCACCUCCAUACACAAUUACGGAGACUGGAUGGGGUGAAUUUGAAAUUGCAAUCAAGAUAUUUUUUCAAGAUAGUAAUGAGAGGCCAGUAACUCUAUAUCAUUUUCUGAAAUUAUUUGACCGUGAAAAGGAUGGAAGUGUAAAGGUCGGAGCUGGCCCUGUAGACUCCGAAUUUUAUGAUGAAUUGGUUUUCUCUGACCCGACGGUCAAAAUGCAUCGACAGUUGACUCAUCCUAAACCCAACGCAAGUGGACCGACACAGCACAAGACGGAUUACGAACAAAAGAAAGUAAUAGAUUUGAAGAAAGUAAUGACGGCAAGGGAGGAAAUAAAAAAGAAAAUUGCUGAAACUAAAGCUGAACUUCUGGCUAAGCAGGAAGAAAUCUCAAAGUUAAAGCUGGAGGCCAAGCUCGAAAAAGACUAAUAUGUCCAGUGCAAGUAAAGGGGUAAAGUCUGGGACAAGUAGGUUACACUCCUUAAACUGAAUUAUGGAUAAAAGUUUUCAAAAUUUUUUGCACUCAUGCUAAAUUUCAUCACAUUGAUUGGUUUUGCAUAAAUUUGGACUUCGUGGAAUUUUUUUUCUAGGUCAUAGCACUUAGUCAAAAAAAAAAAAAAUUCAAAAUAAAUUUUCUUUUGCUAAGCAACAUUUUUCAAAGAAUUGUUUCCAGUUUAGUUAUUAUUAUUUUUUAUGAUAGUUGAUUUUACACCUAUAGUUUAACUUAAAGUUCAUACAGCAACAACAAUUUUUGCACAAAAUAUUAUUAAUAAGUUUCAGAGAAGCGGUCCCACUUACCCCGUAAAUUUUUGCUAUAAGGUGUAAGUGGGUCCCCCUAUAAUAAUGGGGAUUUCAAAAUCAACUGUAAUGAAAUAUUUAUUGGUGAAAUACAAGACAGCUAUGAUGACCUAGUAGGAAUUGACAGUUCAGCUAGAAAAACUUCUAAAGCUGGUGGUAAUGUACUCAUGAAACUUGCAUCAUCCAGAUGAUGAUAGAACUUCCUUAGCACACUCAUUUAACAGACCUGGUCAAUUGCUUACAAUUUCUUUUUCAGCUUUAUGGUUUUGCUUAAUUUACCAAAAUUGAUCUUAAUCGACUGUAUUACUUUUAUUGAACUCACCUUUAUAUCUGAAAAGUGAAAUAUGUACUUAAAGGCUUUUAAUAAA